AUGAGGGCGUCCACAACCUCAACAGAGCCUCCGGCGACUAGCAAUCGGCGUAAGACCCAGGGCAUGACCAAUGGUCAGAAUUCGGGGAUGGCAGUCAGACCGGCACCCAUGUCCAAGAUAUCCCAGAGCGCCGAGCUGGACGAGUAUACGGCCAGCAUGCGCAAUUACCUGGCAAGCGUGGAGAAUGGCCGACGUCAGUCCAUCAGUGACCGCACUGAUUCUGCUUCGAGUAGCAGCAACGGUAACAGCAGUGGAAGUGACCGGGAGAAAUCUCCAGAGUUCCAAUGGAUGGAUCUGGCAGCCCUGCGAAGAGCGCAUGGAGCAGUGGAUGUAAGAUCGGUAUCUCCAAAGACAGCAGACAUUAUCUCCACCAACAUCGCCAACGAGAGAAUCGAUCGACCAGUCCAGGUGUAA